AUGCAUAUUCGCUGGCUCUUAGCUUUUAUCGUUAGCUCCGCUUCAUUACACGGAAUAUCAUUUGCUGAAAAAUCUGAAAGUAUGGAUAUCAAUCAUUGGACUGAACUCCAAAAAGGAAUUGCCAUGGGCCAUCUGCUUGACAAUGUUGGAGACAGUGGUAAACACACCAAAAACAUCAACCCCGGUUGCAUUAUCGCUUCUCCAUCCGACAAUGUUCCAAACUACUAUUUCCAAUGGGUUCGGGACAGUGCUCUUACCAUAAUGACCGUUAUUGAUCGUUUUCUCGAAGGCGACCAGCUCCUUGAUCCGAUCAUUAUAAAGUACAUGGAUGAGAUGGUUCGCUUACAAAAAGUCAAAAACCCUAGCGGAGACUUUUAUAGCGGAGGUUUAGGAGAACCCAAAUUUCAUACUGACGGCUCGAGCUACGAAGGUGAUUGGGGACGUCCUCAGAACGACUCUCCUGCCUUGAGGGCUAUGGCCUUUAUCAAAUAUCUAAACCAUCGGUUUGAUCAUGGAACAGAGCCACAUGAAGUUGUUCCUUAUAUUGAAGCAGUCCUGGCAGACUUGGAUUAUACUGUCAGUGUAUGGGAGAAACCUAGUUUUGACCUUUGGGAAGAAAUCCAAGAUGUUCACUAUUUCACAUUGAGCGUCCAAAAAACCGCCUUACAAGAAGGUGCGGCCUUUGCAAUGCGUAUUGGAGCUCGGGAUCAAUCCACUCUUUAUGCCGAAACUAUACAUCCUAUAGAUCUCAAGCUUGGCGAGUUUUGGGACCAUCAAUCGGGAAUCAUUAAAGGCUACAAAAACAUUCCUAAUCGUUCUGGACUCGACUGUUCUGUUUUGCUGGCUUCUCUUUAUUCUAAAGAGUUUGACACGCAUACGCUCCCUACGUUAAAGAAGCUCCAAGAGUCAAUGACUAACUCUUAUGCUGUCAAUCAAGGACACAAGCAGCUUAUCGGCCGCUAUUUGGAAGAUGUGUAUGAUGGUGUUGGUAGCUCCAUUGGCAAUCCUUGGUUCCUUUGUACCCACAGUGCAGCCGAAGUGAUCUAUAAGGCUAUUCAAUACUAUGACUCUUAUGGCCUUCCAGAACUCACUAACCACAAUAUACAAUUUUUCGUUGAGUUUGCUGAAUUUGGUGAUCCUUACAACUGGCCUCUUAUCCGCAAGAACAUGAUCAAGUACGCCGACAAAUUUUUACAAGAUGCUUCGGAAUUCCAUGGUCCCAAUGGUUCCAUGUCUGAGCAAAUAUCUCGUGUAGAUGGCAAACAAAUGGGCGCCUUGGAUUUAACUUGGAGCUAUAGCUCUUUGUUGAACGCCAUUUACAGAAGAGAAGCUAUCAAACGCACAGAGUAA